AUGCGAUCCCGCACAGGCUGCCUGACGUGUCGCACUCGUAAACUCAAAUGUGACGAGCAAAAGCCGGAGUGUUCUCAGUGUCGCAAGGGUGGGAGAGAGUGCCGUCCCAGCGAGGGGAUCGUAUUCCGCCACCAGCAGAAUGCCUCGAUGAACAAGGACCUGGAGGGUGCCUCCACUGGGCGCGGCAGCUUGAAAGGCUUUUACUCGUAUAAAAACACCUUCGACAAGGAUAGUGUGUGGUUGGAUAUUCCCAAACAUGUCAUCUUCGUCGACAACUCCGAUCCCUACGCGGAAGACCUAGAAGCCGCCCUAGGAGAGUCAGAAGCAGCCAUUCUGGCCGCAAAUUCCCAAACUCGCGCCUGGAGUGCCCAUCGCACAUUGUCUGCUGACGGGGAAACGCAUGGCUUAGAAGCUCUCUCAACCGUGGCUGCUCACGAUCGCCUUUCCUACCCUUCCGUGAGCAUCGACCACCCAUCCAUCUCACCGACAGAUAACAGCGCACCGUUCAGCAACGUCCCGCCCCCGUUAUCGUCCGGUUCCUCUCCGACUCAGAUCCGCGGCACUAUCGCACCGCUGGUCUCUCCUCCUCUUUCGAUUACUUCCACCAAUAACCAUAAUAAUAAUAUCAACUUCCUUCUCAAUCCUUCUCAAUCUCGGUCACCGCCCGUGGACCCCCAUAUUCAACACGCCCCACAACGUAGGAGCUCCUCCUUGACUUCCAGGACAGCAGCGCCGCGAACGACAUCCUCGGAUGCAAAGCCGGAUGUGUCGCCCGAAACAGACCGUGAGGUUGCGUACCUCCUGAGGCAUUUCUCCGAGGUUCCAGGGCUCUGGAUGGAUCUCUUCGAUCUGGGGACAUAUUUCGCCUCAUACGUCCCUGUCCGGGCGCUCCGGAAUCCGUUGUUGAAGUAUGCCGCCUGUGCAUACGCUGCGAAGCAGCUGGGUCGCGUUCGAGGGGGGAAGGUAUCUACCGGCGGGGUCUAUACAAGACAAGAUGCAAACAACGUAGACUGGAGCUGGCGUGGCGCCAAGUAUUAUGAAAAGGCGAUCCAGCUUCUGAUGAAAGAGCUGCAGCCGGAUAAAGGGCCUCCGCCAUUAAGUACUCCCGAGGCAUUUGGCCAAUGGCAGGCCGCUGAACUCUGCGAGGAUAACGAGAACCCACGCAAACGGAGGAGGCGCUAUUCCGAUAGUCGAUUCUCGAAGGGGCUCCAUUCGGAUGAAAUCCUUGCCGCAACGGCCAUAUUGUCUGUAUAUGAGUUCCUGGAUGCCACCGGACCGGCGUGGAAUCGGCAUUUGAGCGGGGUGAAAUCUUUGUUGGACGUUGCUGAGGUGGGGAUGAUGCCAGUUGAGCAACGCCCGUCUCCGGGAGGAACCUCGCUCCAACAGCCGAAACUGUCGGGACUGUCGAAAGCGAGAAGGGCGACCUUUUGGAACUUUGCCCGACAAGACUACCUGGCGGCCUUUAUCAAUGAGAGCCAAACGAGAUUGAAUACCGACGACCUGGUGUUGUGGACUGAGGCCGGACUUCAUAUUGACAAUAUGGGCUUCCCUAGCAGUACGGGCACAGCUGGGUACCUUGACAGCGAAGAAGCCCCUAAGGAAGACCUGAUAUCGAAUGCCCUGGUCUGGAUCCUGUCAAAGAUCGUCAAUUUUAUCAGCGCUGGGGAUAACAUCCAGCUGGGCCAUCCAGGGUCUAUGGAUGCGAGUACCUUGGGCCUGUCACAGCAGGUGUUACUGGAGCGGUGGUACCGGCUGGAGGCUGAGCUUGAUGUGUGGCAUAACGGGCUUCCCAUGACGUUCCAGCCCUGUGCACGAGUGGAACUGUGCAAACUGCCGCACAAUAAGGACAGCAAGACCUUUGACGCUGGCACGCUGUCCGAGAUCUGGUUUAGCCUACCUAUGUGCUCGUCCGCCAUGCAACAUUAUCACAUGGCUCGUAUCCUUCUCCUGAUAAAUAAGCCACAUGAGUCGACUAGCAGACGAAGUACCAUCACGGACCGCCUCAAUUCGUAUCGCUCGAUUGAGAGCGAUAUCCGGUCCCAUAGCCGGGAGAUCGUGGGGAUCGCCCUGGCCUGUCCGAACGGCUCCGUCCGCAUCAACUCUCUCCAGCCGCUGUUUGUCAGCGGCCAGUGCCUGAACGAGCCGGGGGAGCGACGGACCGUUCUGCAGCUGUUGCGAGGAAUAGAGGCCGAUUUGGGCUGGGCGACGGAGUACCGCGUAAAUCAAUUGCUCCGAGAAUGGGGCUGGAACGAGAACCCUGUGGAGAUGGGCGUCUCGUGA